UCUGUGACUAGUGUGGUAGUGGUGGUCCAAUUUAUAAGACCAUUCCAGAAACCUGACUUAACUAAUCAUAGUUAGUUGUAACAAUUUUAUAGUUUUCAUAGACAUAUUUACAGUAGUUAGAAAAACCAAGAUGCAUUUUCUUUGAAUUUAAACAUUAAUUUCAAAGAAUUCGUGUAACGACAUGACGACGCUGUCCCCUGCUUCUGAGAAGAGGGAAUCAACCAAUCAGACCUCGCUUGUCUGUAUGUCUAACAGUACUGAAACGAUAGUCUAUAGCUGCUAGCAUUUUUAGGAGGGGCAGAGCCAUUCUGAGCCAUUUUCUGGCAUUCUUGAAAUACAAAGUGGAUGCCUCUAUGAUCCAGCUACAGCGAAAUAUACCUCUCCGUACAAGACUUCAGCCAUGGCCACGGCAGGCGCAGGACCAGGCACAGCAGAGCCAAAUCGGCCAGGCCCCCAGAGGAAGAUGUCCACCACAGGGGAAAGCCUGUACAAGGUGCUAGGCCUAGAGAAAGGAGCUUCCGCUGAUGACAUCAAGAGAGCUUACAGGAAAUUAGCAUUGAAGUACCACCCAGACAAGAACCCAGACAACCCGGAGGCUGCAGAUAAGUUUAAAGAGAUCAACAACGCCAACUCCAUCCUGAACGAUGACGGCAAGAGGAGGAUCUACGAAGAGUACGGCUCCAUGGGUCUCUACGUGUCCGAGCAGUUUGGAGAGGAGAGCGUCAAAUACUACUUCCUCAUGUCCAAGUGGUGGUUUAAGACCAUGGCUGUGUGCUGCACUGUCUUCUCCUGCUGCUGUUGCUGCUGCUGUUGCUGUUUCUGCUGCGGGAAGUGCAAGCCGCCGGAGGAGGAUGAUCACUACCAGUAUGUGGACCCAGAGGAUCUGGAGGCCCAGAUCAAAGCAGAGACGGACGGAGGUGACACGGUAAUCAUUGUCCAGCCCAUACCUGUAGCCGUACCUAUAGCUGUAUCGAGCCCUGUGGCUGAGAGCAUCAGCCUAGGCCCUGCCAUCAGCCUAGGCCCUGCCAGUCCAGUAGGUGACAACCCGACCAGUCCAGUGGCUGCUGAGAACCCAGGCGAAACGCUGCCGGAGUCUAAAUGACUCGACAGUGACAGUGUGGAUGAGCCUCGCCAGGGGAGGGCAGGUCCGCGUGCCCCUAUCGUGAUCCAGCCGCAUUCCAUCACCGUUGAGGUUCCAGAGACCUCCCAGCCUGCAGCCAGCCAGCCCACCUCCAAGCCCCAGCAGUGACCCUCCCCUCCCAGCCCUGUGUACCCGCUGGAGCCCUCCCCUUAGGUGGGCACGGCCCCCCGAGGGCCCCACCCUGGAGCCCCCAGCAGCCAGCCAGGCCAGCCGUCACCACAGCCAGGACUCACCAGUGCCAGUCAACCAGCCAGCCAGUCAACCCCCCAUACUGUGGCAAAGGUCCAACCAAAUGGACAUGAGCGGCACGCUGCCAAGAGACCAGGACUUUUUAUGACUUGAUAUAUAUAUGUCUAUCUACCAAACUGAGGAUUAGAACAAACUCCUAUCACUCCAUUUUAUCCCUCUGUUUCAAUCCUCCCUCGUCUAUCCCCCCUCCCCUGCUCUAUUUCUCCCUCUUGGACUCUCGUCUCUGUCAGAGCUCUGGGAUUGGCGACUCUUCAAGUUCAGUCUGAGUUUUGGGAUUUAAAUAGCCUGACUCAAACCUUCCACCUCCCGGAGACUAAAGCAUGGAUCAGAGGAUGUGCAUGUGUUAAGUUUGAUCUGCAUGCCCCUACUGUACAACACUGGCACAUACAUACCCCUCUACUACAGCCACCACCACCAUCUUACCCCUGUCAGUGAUACCCCCAGCUCCAGCCAGGUGCACUUACAGAAUGCUGCACAACCAAGGGUCUCCACCUCCACCUGAAUGAGACCCAGAAGUGGGGCCGACAUUCGAGAACAGUGAAAAUGUCCUGUGGAAAACUUCUGCAUUUCUAACAGAAAAAUGUGCUGACUGCUUGAUUUAAUUGCUAAUUGAUGUCACAAUUAUGUUAGUUAGACCAAAGCCAAACUACAUGCCACUAACUCCAUGCGUUCAGUAGCCACCAGUUUCUCCUCAUGCCACUAGAGCCAACCUGAGAGGAUUGCGCCAUUGAGGUGUAUGCAUUUGGGUCUACUAUGCACUUUUGAAACCUGUGAAUUGGGUAAACGGUAAUUUCUGAUGGACUGUCAGCUAUCUUAUGGGUCCAGCCAACCAGCACUGCUUACUGAAACAGCCAGUACACUUCUCUCUGUAUUCGAUGGAACUGACAGAUGGAAACAGCUAGCUGACUGCAACCCAACUACUUAUCAAACGUCUCGCAUCUCAAAGGGUGGUUUUGCUUUGCGUUCUCAUAGUCUGAUGUUGUAACAUGGAGAUACAGGUGGUAUGUACUGUAGGGAUCUGUGUUUGACCCAGCUACUAAGUGCACUCAAUGCCACAUUCUAAAGUGACAAUUAUGUUCUCUGUACUGCCUACAGAGAGAUCCCAUCACCAAUGAUUUUGAGACUUUUCAGAUGUUGAUUUGACUUUGAAGAAAUAACACACCAGGGUGUUUUCCAUGGGGUUUUGGUGGACUGAGGCAUGUUGAGUAUUUUAUGGGCUAAAGAUGCACAUGUCUACUAUUUACAACUAGGUAUUAGUCCUCCUGUUCACUCCUUUCUACAGUACGGUCUCUGUGAUGAGAUUAUGCAAUGUCACACAGCAGGGUUAGGGUCUGUACAGAUCACACAACCAGCCAUUUGUACUUCAGUACAGCUCUCUUUAUGAUCCUGGGGGUGCAGAGUCGGCGCUUUCUCAAAUGUACUGUAAUCAGAAUAGUGAAAAAGUGACGCGAAUGGGUGCCACAUUGUUAAUGCGAAUCAGUCAGUCCCAGUGGUGGGUGGGGGUGUGUGUAGAGCAUUGUACAAAGUCUUUUGGUUUGUUAAUCUAGUGCUGUGGUCAGUCAGCCAUCCCCUCCCAGUUUCUUUGUGGUUUGUCAUUUGAAAAGGGCAUUCUGUGUUUCCUAAAGAGGGACUGGUACAUGGUGUUAACCACCUUGUGUAUUGGCUGAAGACCAACCCUAAAGUUAGACUAAACUAAAAUCAUGUCAUCAAAUGAUGUCAAGCGUUUUGUAGCUUUGGAUGUUUUUUCUCCUGGGUUUUCAUAGAAAUGAUUUAUCAGUAGCUUCAAUUUCUUACUGGAAUUUAUGGCACUUUUUCUCCCCUUCUUUUCACUAAGUUAAUAGCCAAAACCCUCUUGAUUUUUUUUUUUUUUUUCAGUCUUGGUUAUGCUUUUUUGAAAACCAUAGUAAAUCGGAUGCAUUUCAACAUAACAGUGCAGUAUCUAUCCCCAGGGUUCAGAGAGGAGAAAUACCUUUUAUUUAUUCUGGUGAUCCUUAUCUGCUGUAAAUAAUAAUCACUAUGUGUGUCACAUGCAAAUAACAUUGUAAUAAGGUUGUUUUGAGAAUCUUUGUUGAAUGGAAAAUGUUUUAAGAAUCAACCCCAUAUACAUAGUGUACAUUGUCUAUUUUUUAUUUAUGUCAAACCGAAAGAGCUGUUUAAAAAAAACAAGUUGACAGUUGGGAAGAGAGGACCCUCGACUAGCCAACAUGGUCCUCCCAGGGGGCUGGGCAACUGGUUGACAGAGGUAGGCAGGCUGUCCUAACUGGCUAGGCCACCAUGGUGCUGGUCUACAGUAGCAGACACAGGCAGUGUGUAUCGGUCUGCCCUGAGUGUAGGGGGCAAUGAUGUCUCCAUCUCAUCUCUCUUCUAGGACACAGGGUAUGAGGACUCUGCCACUGAAAUGAUUGAUUGUAGUUUUGUCUAUGUUUUCAUUGUCAUUCAUUCAUCAUGUCUCAUGGACAAAAAUGAUCUGUAAAUGUGUAUUUAUAUAAUGAAAUUAAAAGAAGGGGGAUUUGUA